CUCCAAAUCCAUGCAGAUCCGAUGCAUUUCUCUCUCCUCACUCUGUUCUUCUUUAGCUUAUUACCUACAUUUAUAUUUACUUUUCCUCCUCUCUCUCUCUCUCUAUCUAUCUAUCUAUUAUCUACUCUCCCUCCCUCUCUACCACCAUGCUUCCUUCUUUUUCUUUCUUCUUCUUCGUCGUCGUAUCCGUUUCCGCCAACAACCGCCGUGUACUUCAUCAGCCCUUUUUCCCACAAGAUUCACAUCCACCUUCAUCUUCACCUCCCAAAUACCCUUUUGACUCUUCUUCUACUCCUAAUACUCCCUUUUUCCCCUCUUUUCCUUCUCCUCCUCCACCUUCCCCUUCUGCUUUUGCUUCUUUCCCUGCUAAUAUCUCUUCUCUUAUCCUUCCCCAUUCAUCCAAAUCCAAAACCAUUUCAUCAAAACUCAUAUCUACCGCCAUCGCCUGCGUUCUUGCUGCUCUACUUCUUCUCUCCAUUGCUCUCUUCUUCCAUAUACGCAACAGAAGAAGAAAUCAACAUUCAACUUCUACUCAUAACAAAAUACAGAGAUCUAAUGCAAACCCAACUAAUAUUCCUAAACUACAAACCCCAUCACAGACCAGUUCUGAAUUCCUCUACUUGGGUACUAUGGUCAGUGCACAUACUGGGAUUGAUACCCACAACCACCAACAUCGUCGUGACGCCAACCUUGCUACUGCUGCACCCUCCACAAAAAUGGACUCCCCGGAGAUCCAUCCAUUGCCGCCACUACAUGGACAGAGUUUCAGGCUAAAGCGUGGGAAUGGAGAUGUUAUCUCCCGUACAACUGAGGAUGAUGAGGAGUUUUACUCUCCAAGAGAAUCUUUAGAUGGCAGAGAAAGUUCGAUCGGAACUGGAUCGGCCUCGCGUAGGGAUUUUGCCGCCGUUGAGGUCAAGAAUUUUGGUGGGUCGAGCUCAUCUUCUUCCUAUUCGUCUUCCACUUCCGGUUCGGGCUCACCAGUUAGGUCUGUAUCGCUGAGCAUUUCUCCACCGGUGAGUUUAAGUCCAAAAAAUUCACAGCCCAAGUCACCGGAACUACUUGCUGUUCCUACUGCUCCGCCACCUCAGUAUCCUUCUCCUCCGUCUCCGCCGCUAGCAGAUUUUGUGCCGAUAUUGGUCAUUGACGGGGAGUCUGAUUCACCAUCUCCGCCUAGUUCAUCAUCUCCAGAGAGAUAUUCAAGCAGAAGUAUUGACUCAUCACCCACAAUUUCCGAUGUUUGGGAUCAGAAUGUUGAAUCUCCGAUGAGAAUCAGAAAUCACAUACAGCAGAAUGCAUCAGUUUCAGUUCCUCCACCGCCUUCGCCACCGCCACCUCUUUUGAUUAGUAUUCCGGCUUGUAUACAUCCUCCUCCACCACCGCCACCGCCACCACCAGUUAAAAAUUGGGAUAGUCCAAAAACUCCAACACCAAUUUCAAAACCACCAUCUAAGCCUCUAGUUCUUGUAACUCCGUUAAGACCCAUAGAACUUGAGAGUCCAGUGCUGAUUUCCCCAAUGGAGUUGCCUUGUAAUAAGCAACCCAUUGAGAAGAAUGACCAGAGUAUAGAAGGCUUAUCAAGUGAUACUGGUGGGAACAACGAGGAAACUCCAAAACCAAAGUUGAAGACUUUGCAUUGGGAUAAAGUAAGAGCUAGUUCCGAUCGGGAAAUGGUGUGGGAUCAACUGAAAUCGAGUUCGUUUAAAUUGGAUGAAGAGAUGAUAGAAACGUUGUUUAUUGUGAAGACUCCAACUCUAAAUCCAAAAGAAAUGACUAGACGCCCUGUUCUUCCCUCGCAUAGCCAAGAGAAUAGGGUACUUGAUCCAAAGAAGUCACAGAACAUUGCAAUUUUGCUAAGGGCACUAAAUGUAACUGUUGAGGAAGUGUGUGAAGCCCUUUUAGAAGGAAACGCUGAUGCCCUAGGGACUGAGCUCCUUGAGAGUUUACUGAAGAUGGUUCCAUCCAAAGAAGAAGAACGCAAGCUGAAAGAAUAUAAAGAUGAUUCUCUGUUUAAGCUUGGGCCAGCUGAGAAGUUUCUCAAGGCAGUGCUUGAUAUACCUUUUGCAUUCAAAAGGAUAGAUGCUAUGUUGUACAUUUCAAAUUUUGAUUCUGAGGUUGACUACCUCAAAAAGUCAUUUGAAACUCUGGAGGCUGCUUGUGAAGAGUUGAGAAGUAAUAGAAUGUUCUUAAAGCUUCUGGAAGCAGUGCUGAAGACCGGUAACCGCAUGAAUGUUGGGACAAAUCGGGGUGAUGCACAUGCUUUCAAACUAGAUACCCUCCUAAAGCUUGUAGAUGUGAAGGGAGCUGAUGGGAAAACAACCCUCUUGCAUUUUGUGGUACAGGAGAUCAUAAGAAGUGAAGGUGCUCGUCUUUCUGGUGGAGAUCAAGAUCAACAGUUGACCAUGAACGAUGAUGCCAAAUGCCGGAAGCUUGGCCUCCAAGUUGUUUCCAACCUUGGUUCAGAGCUUACAAAUGUUAAGAAAGCUGCUGCCAUGGAUUCAGAAGUGCUUCAUAGUGAGGUCUUAAAGCUUUCUAAAGGGAUUGGAAACAUUGCUGAAGUUGUCCGAUCAAUUGAAGCAGUUGGAUUGAAGGACAACAGCACAGAAAGAUUUUCCGAGUCCAUGAGAAGGUUUAUGAAAAUGGCAGAAGAGGAGAUCAUAAGGCUCCAAGCUCUAGAAAGUGUUGCCAUGUCCUUGGUGAAAGAAAUAACGGAAUAUUUCCACGGAAAUUCAGCCAGAGAAGAGGCUCACCCAUUUAGGAUCUUUAUGGUGGUAAGAGACUUCCUAAUGGUUCUUGAUCGCGUUUGCAAAGAAGUUGGAAUUAUAAAUGAACGUACAAUAGUUAGUUCUGCCCACAAGUUUCCAGUUCCAGUAAAUCCAAAUCUACAGCCUGCCAUUAGCGGGUUGACAGCAAGAUGGCAACAUAGUUCAUCGGACGAGGACAGUUCAUCCGCUCAUUAGCAACAUUAGCUUAUAGCAGGCAGAACCCUAGUUUUGUUUAUGGCCAAAACCAAUGUAAUCUACUAUAAAGGCCAUUUUGUCUGAGACUGUGCCUGCCUUUUGAGGUACAUGUAAUCUUUUUUUAGUCUUGUAUUUAUAUAGUUCAUUGUAAAAGAUGUGGAGAUUUAUCCAUUCCCAUAGAUAUGUAGAUAUAGAGCAUCCCUUUAGAAAAUAACAGAGGGAAACAUUUUGUGUUUUAUAUCUCAAAGAUGAGAGGCUCCAAAUCAUGAAAAAAUUGUUGAGUGCUAU